UAUGUUCCCUGGUCUUUGUAUGGGACAGGGGAGCUUAGGACCCUUUUUCUAAAAAUCCUAUCAAUGGGUCCUAUGUUACCCACUUUGUAUCUGACAAGGGGAUAAGGCCCAGGAUGCUUGAGCAUGCAUAUUUCUUGCAGGAACGUUUGCCAUUCGUAAUCCAUGUCAAGUUUGUGCACAGUGACAGCCUAACCACAACCCGUACUCGCCAUGCACGGCAGCAGUCUACUUGAAAGGAGCGGGCUAGGGCUAGGCCUACGGGGCACAUUUAGUGAGGAGGCGGGACGCAUGUGGCCCCUGGACCUCCUGUUGCCCAUCCCUGGUGUAGGGUAUAUCAUUAUGGAAACUCUCACAUAUGUGCACCCCCCUCUAUUCCCAUGUAGGCUUGAUGCACUCCUGUUCAGAGAGGAAUAUUCUGCUGAAAGACCUUCAACGCCGGUGAUUAUAGCUCUAGAUUGCAGAGAUGCCGAAACUGAAAGGCCAUAGAAUGUGCCGGAAGAUGCUGGAAAACAAAGCACUGCCCCUGACCCCGGCUGAUGGACCAAUCAUCAUUGAGGUGAGAGGUCAUGUAACAGCCGACGCACCAAUCAUCCUCCAGCCACACACUGUCGGGGCCGACGCUCAUGAGCUCACCUGGAAACCGCUACACAACGACGCACACCCACCUGUCACAGAGUACAGGAAGGUGGGUGACCCUGGCGAGUGGAUGGUGAGCAGUGUGUCUGGCUCGACCUUCAGUGUGACCUUGACCCCGCUGCAGCCCAAUAGCCAGUACCAGGUGGAGGUCAAAGGCCACAACACGUCCUUCAACACCAGUAGAGAGUUGAACUGGAAUGUGAAAAAAGAAGAAGAUGAAGAAGAAGGAGGGCCUAAUGUUCUAGAACACGGAGAAGGAGAGCCUAAUGUUCUGGAACAUUGUGAAGAGUCUGGUAUUCUAGAACGUGGUGAUGGAAUGCACCCCUCCUACUGGGCCACACCUGUGAAGAUCAUCAAACAAGAAGAGCCAGAUGUUUCCCUCAUGGAUUCUACAGGAGGGCUCUCCGUCAUGGUGAAGCAGGAGCAUGGUGGAGUGUGUACCUCAGAGGAUGCUAUAGACGGCUGCCAUUUGGGACUUACCCACAAUGAUACUACUAAUACAUUGAAAAAGGAACCGCUUUCAUCUGCAAAUCCUGAGUCCAUGAUGAUGGCACCAUCAACGUCCCCGACCCAGGCAUUAAAUAAACCCUGCUUUUCUAUUUGCUGUGAGGCCUUCAAUAACAAGACAACCUUGAAAGCACACACACAGAAGACCACAGAGCACCACCACCACUGUGAGCAUUGUGGGAAACGGUUCACUACAGCAAACGGUCUAAGGAGACACCGUCGCGUUCACACAAGCGAGAAGCCUCAUCGCUGUGCAGACUGUGGGACAAGUUUUUCACAGAAAGAUUCUCUCAGGAGACACCAACGUAUUCACACCAGAGAGAGACCUUAUCACUGUGGACAGUGUGGGAAGAGCUUUGCGCAGGCAGGAGCUCUCCAACUACACCAGCGAAUUCACACAGGAGAGAGGCCCUACCAAUGUGGACAGUGCGGCAAGAGCUUUUCACGAGCAACAACUCUGAGAGAACACCAGAAAAUUCACACAGGGCAGAAGUCCCACCACUGUGCAGAGUGCGGGAAAUGUUUUUCAAGAGAGGAUCACUUGCGAAUACACCAGCGCAUUCACACAGCAGCGAAACCCUACCAGUGUCUUGAGUGUGGCAAAGGUUUUUCACAGCUGGUGUCUCUGACGGCACACCAGCACAUCCACACAGGAGAGAAGCCAUAUCACUGUGGACAAUGUGGGGAAGGUUUUUCGACGGCUGGCAAUCUCCUAGUACACCAACGCAUUCACACUGGAGACAAAAUCUACAACUGCCAUCAGUGUGGUAAAAGUUUCUCAACUGCUGGAAAUCUCAGAGUACACCAGCGUAUUCACACAGGCGACAAACCCUUCAACUGCCAACAUUGUUGGAAGGGUUUUUCGACGGCUGGAAACCUCUCAGUGCACCAACGUGUUCACACUGGAGAAAAACCUUACCUCUGUGCACAGUGUGGGAAGACUUUUUCGACAGCUGGAAAUCUCAGAAAGCACCAACAGAUUCACACAUCAGACAAGCUCCACCUGGGCAAGGGAUGAUUUUUUUUUUUUUACCGGGUGAUGCUGUUGAGGGUAACGUCGCCCAGCAGUCUUAGAGCAGUUGUUGAGCACUCAGGAAGACACAAAGCAGUUGUUUUCAGAUGAUGCGCUAUUUAUUUCUCUGAACCCAAAUUAGGGCCAUGAGGCGGAAAGCAAACAAAAGGGUAAACAAUAAUUAAAUUGAAACAACGGAUUCAUAUAGGCGACAAACCCCACCUGGGCAAGGGAUGAUUUUUUUCCCCCCCUGGGGGAUACUCAUUAAAAAAAUAGUAGGGGAUCGAAUUAGGUAUUGCAAUGACCCACCCUGUCUGUUUGCCUGUGUGUUUGCCCUUGUUUUGGGUCGUCUGCGCCAAAAGCAUAUCAUAACAUGCACCUAGCAUUAGGCUCACUAGCCUGGGGUCCGUUUCUCGAUUCUUGUCGUUGCUAACCGUCUUAAGACCGUCUUAAGACCGUCUUACCAUUCCCUUGGAUUUAGUGGUGAGCGUCGCUGUCGAGAGAGACUUGAGUCACUCUUACGAAGGACGUUGCUACCGUCAUUAGCAAAGACGCUUUCGAAAUACGGACCCCUGGGCAGCACCCAAGCGCACCUUGCCAUUUUAAUCUAGCCAUAAUUAUCUAACCACCAGUAUGUAUCAUAAUUUUGCAUUGGGCAUGCAUGCUGCGCUGACUGUGCUGACUGCGCAGCAAUGAGCCAUCACAAAGGAGCCCAUUGUCUUGACGGGGUGGAGGGGGAUGAUGAUGUUUCAUGAUGAUGAUGAUGAUGAUGAUGAUGAUUAUGAUGUCCAGUCAGAAAUUGACUGGAUUACUGUAGUUUAGUGUUGCUCAAGAAGGCUCUACAGCCUCCCAGGGGGUGAUGGGUAGACCUAGGGUGGUGCUCAGAUGGAGGCAGCGGUAAAAGUGAUGGGUGGGGUUAUGCUAAAUCGCAAAUGGGAGGGGCAUUAGUGUACUUUCAUUUGAUUUUGACAGCUUGUGGGUGUGUGCCACUGGUUGGUGUUAUGACGCUGGGAAUAAAGAGGGUUUUCAAAACAACAAUGUUCCCCAAUAACUCCAUUAGGUGAUCACCAUCUAGAUUCUAGAUUAACAAAUGUUACCAGGACUGGACACAGACCGUAAAACAGGCCAGGCAUUUUUAACAGUUUAUUUUUUUUUAAAGAUAUUUUUCUGGUCUU